CUAUUUGAGGAACAGGAACGUGUUUAAUCAAGGCUAAACUUCACUUGCAUUCAGAAAGCGCCAGCUAUAAUGGUAAAAUGAAGGCACCUGUAUAUUCAGUGGGAUAUGUUUAUUUCUGUAUCUUGUUCGGAAAUGUUUAUACAUUGAGUUGUUUAGGAAAAGAUGGAAACUAUGAAUGUUGCAGAGGGUAUAUGUGGAACGAGACCACCGGAGGUUGCGAUACAAAGUGCCUCCCGGGCUUCUAUGGAGUUAACUGCAGCAAGAGUUGUGUGGCCGGUCGGUACGGGGAGGGGUGUCAAUCCGUGUGCACGGAGUGUUCUAACCGGACGUGCAAUGUGUCCUACGGCUGUCCUCACCCAACCACUACAGCCCAGGAGUUGAAUACAGUAACUAUGAAGCAAUUGCCUCAGCAAAAUCUUCAAAAUGACGCUGCAUCGCAAGACACAGAGACAUGGCUGUACAUAGUUGCGGGGGUUUCUAUUGCAAGUUUUGUGAUGGCUUUGUUGAAUAUCAUUAUAAGCAGCUGGAGGAGAUGUAAUGUGAACAUCACCUCAUCUCAACCAACUGGAAUGGAAAACGAGAAGAAGAGCUACCAAACCUUAAUGAAAAACACAAUCUACACCGGGCCGGCGCAUGUUGUCAUGAACGCGGACACCGUGGAGCGAAACUUCUCCGUGGUGAUGACAACAGCGUCAUGUGACAACAUGUCUACAUUCCCGGAUGCUACUGAACCGAAAUCUGUAGAAGAGAAAAGAAAACAACCAAACGGAACAGUUGAGAUCUAUGAGUCAUUGAAAUAGAGAAAAAAGUUAUAUGCUUUUAACAACAACAACAAAAAAACAUUUUUUUUUCAAAUAGACACUGAAAAAGUGUAAUUUAUGAAAUGUAUGUGAAAUUCUUAUACUUAUGAAGAUUCAUUGGAUUUUCCCUUGGGUGUUUUGAUGUAGGAAUUAAUUUAUUCUAUUAAUCUAUGUUGGUAUGGAUUGCGCUCUCAUUAAACAUCUGUGACAUAAAUUUGCAGUGCUAAGUGACAUCUUUAUAACGGCAUGUUUCUUUCAUCAACUUUAUGUGCUCUUUUGUAAUGUUAUUGUAAAAUUGUAAUAUUUGAUGAUAUGAUAAAGAUGUAUUAUAUAACUCCUUACAAAAAAAAAUUUAAAAACAUUUUUACGAUAAUAAGGACACUAACAACAUACAAAUUGAAUAUUUAUUUUAUGAGUAUUUGUAUAAAGUGGUGACAAGAUGGAACAAUCGUCAACAAUAUAUUUAAUUGAUAUUCAAAUCGAUAACCAGGAAAUAUUUGUAAAUAUUUCAUCAAAUAAAUAUUCCAAUAUGAAAAAAAACCGCUUAAAUAAAAAUUUAAAAUACAGAUAGAUCAGUAUGAUAAUCUAUCUGCACGGCCUGGUGUGUUAUAUGACCAGCGAUAUCAUAAAAAAACACUAAAUGCUUAAUAUUUAUACUCAUUGUGUAUAUAUACAAAAUUAUUCAUAAAUUCAGGACAUCAACAAACAUCAUGGCGGCAUUGAGAAUCAGCUGAUAAAAAGGCAGUUACAUGUACGGACUCAGAAUUGGUAUAAUGAUGUCACCUAUUACAAUACUAGGUAUUGAAAGCUGAUUUUUUUAACGAUAUAUCUUAUCAUUAUUGUCAAUAAUGUGACUAAUAUAAUAAAUUACUUUGAAAAAGAUUUGACAGAUGUAUCCCAACCUAUAAGCAAAUACCGGUAUUAAAUGAAGUUAAUAUGUUAUUAUGUAGAGUUUUAUUGAUCAGAAAGAGCACUUUGUCUUUUGAUUUAUAUGCUUGUGUAUCUCGGGUCAUAAUUUGAACCAUUAUAAUGUGUAAUAUAGAACAUCACUCUGUGUUAUCACUAAUUGAGUAGAAAAGGCGUCCUGAGGUUUCAGAACUUGUGUCCAAUUCUUAUGUUCACAUCAACAAACAAUAGAAUAUGUUUAAUUCAAAUCGAAUUUCUAAUUAGUAUAUUUGUUCUGGGAUUUGGAGAUGCAUUAAGUUAAUCGAAAAAAAUAGUGUGUGUUUUCAAACACAAUUUAGAAUCAAUUUUAUUUAUCCCACGCAAUGUAUUGUUUCCUGGAUCAAUUCUAAAUUUCAAUUUUAUACUGACAUUUGACGUUAAAAACGUUAAAAAGACCCUGCAAAUGACAGGUUUUUCCCCCCUUAAAUGUUUGUGAAAGUGGUUUUAUCGUGGUUUUUGUUCUUUUUUAUUUCUUUUUUUUUAUAUACAUUUUUCAUACAUUGUAGUUUGCAUAUUUUGUUCAUUAUUAUAUCACAUUAUAUAUCAUAUACUCGUUAUCUAAAUAAAUUCUCAUUUUAUUUAUUCAUUGCGUUUGAUGUUUUUCUGUAUCUUUGAAAGCUGUUGCGAGAGAUGGUACGAUUCACAAAAAUAAUAAGCAAAAGAUAAAAAUUGACACAGGCGUCAAAAGAACGCCCGCAAACUCUUUGUUUUUCUGAACAAGAAACAAUUGAAACAAAAAAGGUUGACUUUUGCCAAUUAUAUUACAUGAAAAAUCUACGAUGAUACGGACAAAGUUGUGUACAUCAGCUUAAUGUAAUAUA